UUUAUUAAGAAGCUAAAAGGCGGAGUUCGCAUUUGCGUUAAUUAUAGAGGAAUUAAUAAUAUUACCUUUAAGUCCCGCUAUUUACUCCUACUUAUUAAGAAGAUUUUAAAUGUAAUUUACUAUAUUAAGAUUUUUAUAAAGUUCGAUAUAAUAGCCGCCUUUAAUUAUAUUCGAAUAAAAUAG